AUGACGGGCUUGGGUUUCGUUUUGAUGGAGAAUGGGAAGCGAAUUCUGAUGGGAAUGAAGAACUGCAGCAACAUCGCAUCUCCUCUUCAGGCUGAGGCGGAAGCCUUCACGUGGGCUAUGAAGAGGAUGCUGGAACAGGGAUACCGAUCAGUCCUUUUUGAGACGGACUGCAAUCAACUUGUUAAACUGUUUCAAGGAAUGGAAGAAUGGCCAGUCAUGGUGGAAGUUAUCGAAGAAAUCAGGAUUAUUUUGACAAGUUUUUCAAGCUUCUUUAUCGCUUAUCUACCGCGUGGUAUGAAUCAAAGAGCCGACUGUCUCGUGAAGGCAGCUCGAGCUCAUCCUGAACCCCUUUCUCUCCUUUGA